AACACACAAACAGUCUGAAACGAUUCUGAAAGCUUCUUGCACUGCUUGAAUGGAAUCUCAUAAUAAUUUAUAGCGAUUUUACAGCACUAAUUAUGAUAUUUUGGCGGAAACUGGUUACUAUGGUAAACUUUACUGCUGACCGUUUCCAUAAAUUGAAGGCCGUUUUGUUUUGUAGCUACCUGCAAAUGAGCUCUUUCUCUGGUAUUAUUGAUUUUUGUUCCAAUUUUCUCAGAAAUGUUUCAAAAUGUGGUUUUGAUAAUUUUUUUUUCGUUUAAGUGUUGGGACAUCAAUUUAUCUAGACUUUUAAAGUCAAUGCUGUUAAGAGUUAAACUCGUUAUGGACUUUCAUUUAGGCUAUAUCACUCAGUGUACUGAAAUCGGCUGUGAUUGGGCGGUAGGCAAGAGGCUGUCAAUCACAGCCCUGUGUUGAUAUAACUUGUCGAUUGCGAGCUUGCGAGUGUGAUUGCUUUUAUCGUUUUAGAAACAUGCUUGGACAACUAAUUAAUAUCCAGUGACUUACGUUUCAUGCAAAUAUUGGCCAGUGACUUGUUAUUUUUCAUCUCCGCCAACAAAAAUGGUUCCAAAAGAGGCCAAAACCAAGCUUUGCGUGUAGUCCAAGCAACUAGCAUACGUAAACCCUGGCCUGGAACAACGUCUAUAAGUGGAGCGGAAGGGCGUUUUCCGUCAGCGCUCAGUGUACCAAUCCAUCAGCUACACUCCGUGUUUUUCAAUCCACUUUGAAAGAAACCCAGCUUCGAGCGUUCCGCGCUGCUUUUCACACCAUAUCUUAUUUUUUAAACCUGAGACGUUUUUAUUUAGACUCUUUUGGGGAAUUUCAUGUUGUUGUUAUUAGUAUUAGCUUUUAUUGUUUGUUAAUAUUUAAUGCGAGCGCUCUGUUCGUUUGUGAUGCACGCGGGGCGCAUAAAGGUUUUAUUUCGGGGGUUUGCUGUUGCUAUGAUUCCUUCCAGCCCUGAAAGAUGCGUUGCUAGUUGCCUUGCAAUGUAGACUUAAUUAAUUUUAAUGGAACUUUCUAGUUUAGUAUGGGCUUUAGUAUAUAAAACAUAUUGUGCUACAUUAUUUUUAGGCGUUUAAAGAGCUACAUUAAACUUUGUGUCCUGCUUUUGGGUAGUAAAGCUGCUUGAGGUUAUGUCGCUGAGAGGAAAACUCAAGAAAAUUUCCAAUGAAACCAUCAGAGCAUGGAAAAAUGUCAGUGAGUUACACUUGUGACAGAUAACCUCCCUUGACCACUCUAUGAAGGAGCAUGAGAUCCUAAGGCAACCUCCCAGUGAGUGAGCAUGUUUAUGUGCUCUGAAUGAUGUCUUAGUGCCAGUGACUGCCUUCCUGCUGGGGAAUGAAGUCUCUCUUGCUGUUCCCAUCACAUGGUUCAUCAUUCAAGGUGGAGAGACCAAAAGUGUCACGGCUAUACUCCAUCGUGAGUCUGGAUCUUUAGGCUUCAAUAUCGUUGGAGGAAGGCCAUGUGCGGAUAAUAAAGAUGGCACUUCGAAUGAAGGAAUCUUUGUGUCGAAGAUUGUGGAGAAUGGACCGGCGGAUAAAGAAGGGGGUUUGCAGAUCCAUGACAGGAUAAUGGAGGUCAAUGGAAAGGACUUGUCCAAGGCGACGCACGACCAGGCAGUGGAGGCCUUCCGUAUGGCUAAAGAGCCCAUUAUGGUCCAGGUGCUACGCCGUGCUCCCAGGCCCAAACCUACAGGCCCAACUGGGGAAGCGCAGGUAGUGGACAUCAGCACCCAGACGGACAUCACCUUCCAACAUAUCAUGGCCCUCAGCAAGCUGCCUACGUCCUCCCCGCCUGUGGAUGUACUUGAGCAGUACCUGCUCCCAGAGGGACACUCUCCUGCUCAUGAAUACUUCGACCCCAAUGAUUUCCUUGAGGGAAUGCAGCAUGAGAUAGAAAGAGAGGAGUUGGAAUAUGAGGAAGUGGAUUUAUACAGAACUAAUAUCCAGGAUAAACUGGGGUUAACUGUGUGCUACAGGACUGACGAUGAGGAUGAGACGGGGAUCUAUGUCAGUGAGAUUGAUCCGAACAGCAUUGCUGCAAAAGAUGGACGAAUUCAAAAGGGAGAUCGAAUCAUCCAGAUCAAUGGCAUUGAGAUCCAGAACCGUGAGGAAGCAGUGGCUCUUUUAACCAGUGAAGAACACCCUAAUGUGUGCCUGCUAUUGGCUCGACCAGAGAUACAGCUGGAUGAAGGCUGGAUGGAUGAUGACAGAAACGACUACCUGGAUGACCUCCACAUGGAUAUGUUGGAGCAGCAACACCAUCAAGCGAUGCAGUUCACCGCAAGCAUGCUCCAGCAGAAGAAGCACGAGGAAGAUGGAGGUACAACAGACACUGCCACGCUGCUCUCCCACCACCAUGAGAAGGACAGUGGAGUGGGCCGCACUGAUGACAGCACUCGUAACGAUGAGAGUUCUGAGCAAGAGAAUCUUGCGGACGACCAGACCAGCGCCUCCACCACGCUAGGCAGCCGUCGCAUGCUCGCCUACAGUCAGGACACCCUCGGUAGUGGCGACCUCCCCUUCAGCAGCGAGUCUUUCAUUUCCGCAGACUAUGGGGAUGCGGACUUCUUGGGUGACUUUCCUGCUGACGAAUGCGAACGGUUUCGUGAACUUUUGGAGCUCAAGUGCCAGAUGCGGAGCACGGGCAGCAGUGGUACACCAGAUCAGAGCUUGUUCUGGCCCGUUGGCGGUGUAGGUGGCGGACAGGGCGGCGUCGGCGAGGAGGGCGUCGACAAAGAGCUGGAGCUUCUGAACGAGGAGCUCCGCAGCAUUGAGCUUGAGUGCCUGAGCAUAGUCCGAGCGCACCGCAUGCAGCAGUUGCGCGAGCAGUGCCGCGAACAGUCCUGGAUGCUGCACAACAGCGGCUUCCGCAACUACAACACGAGCGUGGAUGCAAGACGCCACGAGCUAGCGGACAUCAGCGAACUCCCGGAAAAGUCUGACAAGGACAGCUCCAGCGCGUACAACACAGGAGAGAGUUGCCGUAGCACGCCGCUCACUCUAGAGCUCUCGCCGGACAACUCCUUGCGGCGUGGAAAUGAAAAUCAGGCGGAGGCCGGGGCGAGUAGCGGUACAUCGGGCGGCGGCAGAAUUCUUAAACCUCUGCUAUCGCCCGUCCAAGAGGCUUGCAGCCCCAGCAGGGGUCGCCCAACCUUGUUGAAAGAGUCAGAAAUUGGAACCCAGCCUGAAGUCCGAGAGCGCAAAGCAGGUCGCCAUGCCCAGCCCCAGUCGCCCUACAAACACGCCCACAUCCCAGCCCACGCCCAGCACUACCAGAGCUACAUGCAGCUGAUCCAGCAAAAAUCAGUGGAGUACGCCCAAAGCCAGAUGAGCCUAGUCAGCAUGUGCCGGGACCCCGUCGCUUCUGCCGACUUGGGACCUAAAAUGGAAUGGAAAGUGAAGAUCCGCAGCGACGGCACACGCUACAUUACCAAGCGGCCCGUCCGGGAUAAGCUCCUGAAAGAGCGAGCCCUACGGAUCCGAGAGGAGCGCAGUGGGAUGACUACAGACGAUGAUGCCAUCAGUGAAAUGAAGAUGGGUCGCUACUGGAGCAAAGAGGAGCGCAAGCAGCAUGCCGUUCGUGCCAAAGAGCAGCGCCAGCGCAGGGAGUUUAUGAAGCAAAGCCGUAUUGACUGUCUGAAGGAGCAAGGAGGCAGUGCCGAAGACAAGAAGGAGCUCAACAUCAUUGAACUAAGUCACAAAAAGAUGAUGAAGAAACGGAACAAGAAAAUUUUCGACAAUUGGAUGACUAUCCAGGAACUGUUGACCCAUGGUACAAAGUCCCCCGAUGGGACACGAGUGUACAACUCCCUACUGUCAGUGACCACGGUGUAGGCUCUGUAAUGUUCUGUAUAUAGGACACUACCGAUUGGGGUAGACAAUCCUGCCUCGUUCAAUGCGGCAUCGUUUGUAAAUAGGAAAUGUGAAUGCCUUGUCUGAAGGAACUUUGCCAUUUGCCAAGAGAAGGUACAAUGAGAGUCUCAAAGAUUGAAUAGGACAAUGGAUUUAUACAAGUGAUGAGAACAUGUUUUCUUAUUUGCUCUGUUCAUUUCUAUAUUGAGCUUGUGGUUUGAAAUAUUAUAUUAAGGAACUGAUUCAUGACCGUUCGGCCUCUUUAAAAGUUUUGGAAAACAUUACAAAGACCAUUAACAACCGUCAGCAUUUUUUUUUCUUCCAACAAGUAACUAACAGUCAGCAAUAUUGUACUUUUUUUUUUGCAUACAUGUUGCUUAUUAAAGUAAUGCAGAUAUUUAGCUUCAUGGUCAUCACAGAAUAUUUGGCAGGUGUCAUUAUAUACUUUGCAGGCAUUAUUACAGGGUUUUACAACAAAAACGAUAACUUUGCUUAACAGAUUUUAAAGAAAAGAUGCUGUUAUUCCUAAAGUUCAUACUUCGCUCAGCUACUGUUACUGUUAAGUGAAACCAUUUAUUAAAAUUUAAAUCUGUUCAUAUUAUUGUUGAUAUCAAUGUUUGUUGUAGACAAAAAGCCUUUUGUAUAGGUCUCCAUUCUAUUACAGCAAGAUAAUACAGUUUAACAAAUCAUUAGUUAGAAAUGCAAUUUGAUGUCUUGUAAAAUGAGAGAAAUAAUAAAUUAUUGUUUUAUAUUUGAUGAGCUUUCAAAA